AUGCAUGAGUGUUUGCUCAUACAGCCACGGACGCUUACAAGGUCAACUGGAUCGGUGGGAUUAAUUAACUUUGAAGUAAUCAAUCCCUUGUACUCCAGAUGUACUAGGGUACUGGUACUAUGGACACCUACGACAGAGAAUGCUGGGACCCCCGAGCAGCGUAUCAGAGCAUCAAGCCAUUCCCCAGUUUUGGCGCUCUUCUCGACGCGCCGCGCUUUGGUAAGUCGACAAACAUGGAGGAGAAAUCAAUCGACGAAACACAUCCCAGGGACUCCCGAUGCAGAAACCAUCCCAAUCCGCCAUCAACAACUCCUUCGCAAACUUGGCUGGCGUCUGCUUCCCUUGUGCGCAUUGAUCUACCUGUUGAACCACCUGGAUUGCUCCAACAUCGGAAAUGCUAAGGUCCUGGACGCUGAAACCGGUGAACAAACCGGAAUGACCGACACCGGCUAUUCAAUCACCCUGACACAGUUUGCUGUAGCAUAUGCGCUGUUCGACGUGCCCUCCAACUGGAUUCUAAAACGCUAUGCUCGCCCCGCAUACUGGCUGGGGACGCUAAUGCUUUGUUGGGGUGCAGUGACCCUUGGCUUUGCGAGGGUGGAUAACAGGUUCACGGUCAUGGUGCUACGUGUGGUGAUCGGAGUACUCGAGGCGGGAAAUCUUCCCUGGAAUGGUCUGCCUCAUCACCUUCUGGUACCGACAGGAAGAGCGUUCCAUCCGCAUUGCCUUCAUUCUCGCAACCGCGCGACGCUUGCCGGGGCCUUUGGAGGCUGCAUCGUCUGCGGUGUGGCGUUCUUAAACGGAAAAGGCGGGCUCGAGGAGUUUCGCUGGCUGUUCAUCAUUGAAGGAGGAUCAACAGUCCUCAUCGCUCCUUUGCUUCUGGCGGUUGGAUUUGUCAUCUCGAUUCUCUUAGCCUGGUCUGCGGACCGAUUCAACGCUCGUGGGCUCCAUGUCGGUCUCGCAGGGGUGCUUACAGGUACCGGAUUUCUUGCUAGCCGCCUAUUUCCAGCGGAGGCUUACUGGCUCCGAUAUGGAUGUCGCAUCGUCGCCUCAUACGGUGCCUUGCCCAGUCUUGCACCCUCGACGGCGUGGGUGACAUGUAACGCCCCUUCUGCGAGGACACUGGGACUUGUCGCCGCAAUGAACAACUCCUUGGUUGGGCUGGCUUCCAUCCCAGCAUUGUGGAUUUGGAGAUCGGUAGAGGAAGACCAGGCUCUGGGCGAUUUGAAUCAGUCGGCCCUGGCUAGGACGUAUCGAUUGCAUGGUAGAAACGACGUCAUAUUGUUACGUGUUAAGCGUAUCAUUACAAUGGGCAUCAGUAGAUGA